UUUUUUCCUUGUUCUUCAAAACUUUAUUUUAUUUUGUGUCAGAAUUAACCAUAAUUGAAGGGCUAAGAGGAGUAUAGGUAUGGUUUCUCCUAAUAGAGCACAGUAUCCACCUAUGGUCCGACAAGGCUCUUUGUAUAACCUCACAUUUGAUGAGGUUCAGAGCCAGUUGGGAAACACAGGGAAGUCUCUCCAUAGUUUGAAUUUGGAUGAGAUUCAUAAAACUGUGAUCUCAGCUGAAAGUGGACAACUGGUGCAAGACCCUUCAUCGGAUCAUUCAUUUAUUCUUGGAAACAUUGACUUGAAUGGAACAAUAAGCAACAAAACCGAUAUUGGCGAGGCUUGGAGGGGAAUGGUUCAACAACAGCACGUGAACAGGUCCAUGGACACCCACAUGCAGCAACCAAAUUUGGGUGAAACCCUAGAAAGUUUCCUAGCUCGUGCAGGUAUGCUUGAUGUAGGAGACCACGACAAUGUUAAUGUUAUUGAUGAUGCUCAACCCGUGAUGGGAAUUGAUCCAAUGGUGAUGCCUUCACAGCAUGAACAUUGGUUACAAAUGCAAAUUCCUGGCAUUAACAUCCACCAACAUCACCAUCGGGAGCAACAACAUCAACAAAUAAUUGGGUCGUGUCCGGAUUUCAAUGUUUCCAAGACAUUUUAUGAGAACCCAGUUAUGGAAAUGGGUUACUCAGAAAAUUCAGUGGGGAUUUCAAUGUCACCUGCGUAUUCAGAUUCCAAGAGUGCUGUGUUUGGGAAGAAUAGGUAUUCAGAUGAGGUGAUGGAAAAGACUAUUGAGAGGAGGCAGAAGAGAAUGGCAAAGAACAGAGAAUCUGCUGCAAGAUCAAGGGCAAAGAAGCAGGAGCACGUUAAUAAGUUAGAGAGAGAGAAGUUUCGCUUGCAGAAGAUGAAUAGCUCACUCAAAAAGCUAAAGGAAUUGGAUGCAGAGUUAUUUUCAGCUACAACUCUCACUCCAAGAUACCAACUACGGCGUACGAGCUCAACCACAUUUUAACGAACAUUGGUUAUUCUAAAUCGCAUUAGAUGUUCGUUAUUGUUUCAUCUCAUUUUUGCUUCAAUUCUUUAUCAGAGAAUAUACCAUUCUUUGCAAAACAAUAAUGAGUCUUUUGUGUUUUUUAUGGACUCCGAUCGACUAGUUCCGGCAGAUUCAACUGCUCAUUGCAGAAAAGUGGCUCGCUUAU